AUGGAGCGAUUCUCGGUCCGUCGAAUCGAUGGAGGCAUAAUCCAAAUUUCCAAUCCCAUGUUCCAAGUACAGAAUCCUAUCUGGAAACCCCAUGUCAAGUACCAAGAAUAUUGGCAACUUGUGAAAACGCAACCGAACGGCCCAAUCGAAACCUACCUAUGCUCUUACAUUGUGGAUUGGAGCAAUCAGACUGCGCGAAACUUUCGAGAGCUUAUAGCACAGCCUAUGCAAGUCUUUGACCAGAAACACUUGUUGUGGCAGAAUAGCAAGACCUGCAAGCACUUGGCAGCCCUGGUCCAGGAUGUACUUGGUACAAAGACUGUGAAGAAAGUUCUCUGCUUCGGGCUCGGUGAUUUUUGCCGCUCCGCGCCUGAAUGGCUGAAAAAGCAGCACGACUCUUGGGAUGAGAACUCGGAGGUGAAAAAUGUGAUGGGCUGCAUGAUCCAGCACUCGAUGGCUCUCACUAUUGCUCAACUCUGCCGUGGCAAUGAAACAUUGCCGUUACUUGCCCAGGACCCAGAGUAUACAGAGGUUGCAGAAGAUAUCCUGACCAAGAAGGAAUUCGAAAUUGUUGGGACUCACGGUGCCGGAGGAUUCGCGGAAAUCGACGAGGACUCGAUUGUAAUAUCACCCUUUGCUGCCGCCCCAGUCAAGCAGAUCAUCGCCGAUCUUGCUCGGCCUGUGCUCAUUAUUUCCACCGGCUUUGAAGUGUUCAAUAGCAAUGAGUAA